UCGAUGAUCCAGUGGAUGUUGGCAAUUUGAUCUCUGGUUCCUCUGCCUUUUCUAAAACCAGCUUGAACAUCAGGAAGUUCACGUUUCACCUGUAGUUACUAACAUAUUAACUCUUUUGACAUGUUAGCUGAAUAACUUUCUGAGUGCUUGCAUCAUGCUAAAAUGUACUUGUUGCCAUAGCAAUGAAAAGGUUUAGUGGAAUACAAGCAAUAUUACCUGGUAUCCCUGAGCAUUUGAGAAGAGUUAUGAAAGGAGGACUUAUUGUAGGCCAGUUAAAGUUUAUAAAAUCGAAGAAUCAUGAGCUGUGUUAACUUGACAUGCUCAUCACAAUAUAGUUUUUCCAUGUGACUUAUGAAGGAAGCAUAAAAAAUUAUUUAGAAUAUACCUAUCACAAUCAUAAUCUGUAAAACUUUUAUCAAUAGCAAAUAGUCAUCUUUGGAAUUAUUUUUCUUCAGUUUUUAUAAAUAGAGCUAAUUAUUUCUGGAAAAUUUAAAUGGUGGUACAACUAACUAGGCAUAAUCCUUUACAGAAAAGAUAGGAACUAUGAACAAAAGCAAACUCAAAACGUUUUGAGUGAAUAGUGAUUGCAAAAAAAAAAAAACACAAACAAAAAACAGAAAGACUUGAAACCUAAUAACCCAUGGAUUUUUAAACAGAGAGGUCAUUUUAGGAUUACGUUAAUUGCUUUAGGGUUGUUCGAAAAUAUUUUGAUAUUGGAAUACUAAUGAGAUUCACUUUUCUAGUAUACUCUUUACAAUAUUACUAUAUGUGUCAUAAAAAUUUGAAUACUAGUAGCUGUCAGAUCUGGGACAGAUGAACCCACCUGGUUUCAACUUCUUCAGUUUAUUCAAGUAUAUGGCUGAAAAUUGAGGCAAAAGGAUUACGUUGUGUCCCCUUCCUGCUAGGCCAUGCUAAGAUUAUAGAAUUAAGAGGGUAAAUAUAGCCCUCUAGUGGUUCUGUUAUAUACUUACACUGUUAACUUUGGUGCAUCUAUCAUUUUUCUUAAGUUGCCGAUUUUUAGGAAUUUCACUAUUGAGUAGAAUCAGAUUUUUAUAAUAAAUGGCAUAAAAAAUUACAAAGAAAAAAGAUGGUAGGGAUAUCUUAUUCUAACAAUAAGUGUUCAUAUUAGAUUAUCAUCCAUUUAUGUAAUACACUUUUGGAGUUAAGAUAAUUUAGAAUAUUAGAAUUGCUCUGUAGUUUAUGAGGUGAAUUGUUCACUCUAGAUACUUUGCUGGUGUAUGCUAUGAUUAUUAACCAGAUAACAACUGAUGCAUAUCAAAAUGUAGGGUAAAUGAACUUAGGUGGAUUAUGAAGUAGAUCAUGUUAUAUCUGUGCUUUGAAGUAUAUAGUUAUUAAUAACUUAGAUUUAGGUUUCUUGACCUGGAAUUUAUGGUAUAGCUUUAGGGGAAAACAAAUUGCAGAAUUAUUUUGUAUAUAUAUAACUCCCCAUUUUUUGAAAAGAAUGGGGGGAGAAAUGGAGGAAACAAAUAGUUCUAUAAAUAAAUGUUUCUGUAAGCAAAGAAAAAGAAUAUAUAGGAAGCUAUUAUUAUCAUUAGGAGAGUGAAAUUUGUAAGGUUGGAGGGGAUUACUUCUUUAUCUCUAAUGAUUUAAAUUGUUAUGAAAAAACAAAAGGAACUGGAAUGGAAAACUUGAAAGGAUCAACAGAAAACAGUCACCCUAACCUAUAUAGUUUUAGAGGACUAAUGCUGACUCUUAAUUUCCAGCAGAAAUCAGUUAAUUCAGGUCCUGAUCUGAUUUUCUGAGUUUGUUCAUUGUUUAAAUGGGACGUGUGCACUUGAUAAUCUCCUUGGAUACAAAGCUGAUGCCCAAAUUGGCUAAAAUGUGUAUUGUUUGGUAUUUCUCUUUAUUUUGCUAGUAAGCUUUUCCCUUCUUCUGGGGAUUAAAAUCCUUUCUUCUGUAGCCCAGUUAGAUUUGUUAAAGGAGGGCCUCUAUGAAAAGGCCCUUCUUUGAGGUCUUUAGGUGGAGAUGGAAAUGAUUGGUUCUGAAAAUUUUUCUCUCACUGGCUUUUGAAACAUUUCGUAGAUAUUGAAAGCUCAUUAUGAAGGAUGUCUCAAUAUCUUCACUCCAAAAUGCUAAGGAAUAAUUUAGGCAACAGUUCAGACUGUAAAAAUGAAAACGGCUCUGUCUUUUCACAGACUGAACACAACAUUGUUGCAGCUUACUUGAUUACCGCAGGUGUGAUAAGUAUCCUCAGCAACACAAUUGUUCUAGGCAUCUUCAUUAAGUUCAAGGAGCUUCGGACACCCACAAAUGCAAUUAUCAUCAACCUGGCUGUUACUGAUAUAGGGGUCAGUAGCAUUGGCUACCCCAUGUCUGCUGCUUCAGAUCUGCAUGGAAGCUGGAAAUUUGGAUAUGCAGGAUGUCAGAUUUAUGCUGGGUUGAAUAUUUUUUUUGGAAUGGCAAGUAUUGGAUUGCUCACGGUUGUGGCCGUGGAUCGAUACCUGACCAUCUGCCAUCCUGAUGCAGGAAGAAGAAUGACCACCAACACUUACAUCAGCAUGAUUCUGGGGGCCUGGACAAAUGGCCUGUUUUGGGCUUUGAUGCCUAUCAUUGGGUGGGCUAGUUAUGCCCCAGAUCCUACUGGGGCCACCUGUACCAUAAACUGGCGGAAAAAUGAUGUGUCUUUUGUUUCGUACACGAUGAUGGUAGUUGCGAUAAAUUUUAUCGUGCCCUUAACAGUGAUGUUUUACUGUUAUUACCAUGUCACUCAGUCCAUUAAGCAUCAUGGUACUAAUGACUGCACUGAGUACCUCAACAGGGAUUGGUCAGAUCAGGUAGAUGUAACAAAGAUGUCUGUGAUAAUGAUACUCAUGUUUCUGGUGGCGUGGUCCCCUUAUUCCAUCGUGUGCUUAUGGGCAUCUUUUGGUGACCCAAAGAAGAUUCCUCCCUCAAUGGCCAUCAUAGCUCCUCUGUUUGCAAAAUCUUCUACAUUCUACAAUCCUUGUAUUUAUGUGAUUGCUAAUAAAAAGUUUCGAAGGGCGAUGCUUGCCAUGUUCAAAUGUCAGACUACCCAAACAAUGCCUGUGACGAGUGUUUUACCAAUGGAUGUACCUCAAAACCCACUGACUUCUGGAAAAGUCUGAAAUAAGAGGAACUCACACAUUUACCAAAACAUUUUCUUUACUCUUUUUUGUAGUGGUUUAAUUUCAUUUUAAAUGUGAGCUCAUUUCAAUCAAAUAGAGACAUAGAAUAUUGUCUUAAUAGACUAUAAAUUUCUCAAGUGUCGUUUAUAGUUCUGUUUGUGCACUGGCUACCAUUGGGAAUGUUUCACUAUUUCCUUAUAUGUAAACAUACUACUCAUCUAGUUUGAUGAAUAGAGGCACAUGAGAUUAAGGCCUCUUCUAUUUCUCCCUAUCAUGGUAUAUAUUACAGUGUAUCAAUGACCUGGUGUUUUGCCUAGUUCCUCCACUAGACCAGAAGCAACUGUUAUUUUAAUGUUCAGUUCAGUUCAGUUCAGUUCCGUCACUCAGUCAUCUCUGACUCUUUGCGACCCCAUGAACUGCAGCAUGCCAGGCCUCCCUGUAAUUUUAA